AUGGUCUGCGGUUGGAGAUCAAACGAGCGAGCCACCCACAUCAGUUGCCGGGGUCGCCUGUGUCAUGAUGGUCACACCACCGAUGGUGACCUGGUUGGCCUGAUUGCGUGCUGGCAUCGCGACUUGCGGAGGGUUCUGAACUUGCUGAGGGUUGGUGCUUGCUCGAGAGCCAGCCGUUGUCACAGGCUGUUGGAGGGUUCCUUCGAGGUUGUCUGA